GGUUGUGUGUGAGGGAGGCAGACACCACACUCCUCCAGGUACUGUGAGGGACGGCAGGCACCACACUCCUCCAGGUACUGUGUGUGAGGGAGGCAGGCACCACACUCCUCCAGGUACUGUGUGUGAGGGAGGCAGGCACCACACUCCUCCAGGUACUGUGUGUGAGGGAGGCAGGCACCACACUCCUCCAGGUACUGUGUGUGAGGGAGGCAGGCACCACACUCCUCCAGGUACUGUGAGGGACGGCAGGCACCACACUCCUCCAGGUACUGUGUGUGAGGGAGGCAGGCACCACACUCCUCCAGGUACUGUGAGGGACGGCAGGCACCACACUCCUCCAGGUACUGUGUGUGAGGGAGGCAGGCACCACACUCCUCCAGGUACUGUGUGUGAGGGACGGCAGGCACCACACUCCUCCAGGUACUGUGAGGGACGGCAGGCACCACACUCCUCCAGGUACUGUGUGUGAGGGAGGCAGGCACCACACUCCUCCAGGUACUGUGAGGGACGGCAGGAACCACACUCCUCCAGGUUCUCUGGAGUAGCAAAAUGGAGCACCCAGUCACCAAACCUAAGAUUGUGGGGUAUUGGUUCAAUGAGAAAAAGUGUCAGAAAUUUGGAGUGGCAGAUUUGAAAACAGAAUGCAAGAGACGUGGAAUUCAUCUUGUCAAGAUUGAUAUGAGUUCUCCCAUGGAAGAGCAAGGGCCCUUUGACCUUGUGCUUCACAAGCUGACAGCAUUAUUUGCUCAGGCACUCAACUAUGACCCUAAGGCUGUAACUGCAAUCAAAAUGUUUGAAGAAUACAUUGGUAAACACCCAGAAACUUUUGUAAUGGAUCCUCUCUCUGGGGUCUACAGACUUUUGCUGAGGAACCAGACAUAUGAUCUAUUACAACAGCGCUUCAAAAAUGAUGAUAAGGUGUUCACUCCCACUUAUGUGGAACUCUCAACAGCAAACUUACAACACAACCGAUUGCUAAUUCAGACGGCAAAUGUUACAUUCCCAGUGGUUUGUAAACCGGUCACUGCAGGUGGGGGAAUAGAAGCCCAUGAGAUGGCUGUAGUGUUUAAUGAAAAUGGCAUCACUGAAUGCACACUUCCUUGUGUUGCACAGUCAUUCAUAAACCAUGGAGCAGUUCUCUACAAGCUCUUUGUCUUGGGACCUGUGUGGUUUGUUAUUGUGCGGCCAUCACUCAAGAACUUCUAUGCCGGAGUUGAUGGUUGCUUUGAUAUUAACAAGCUUGCAGAGCAGGAAACGGUACACUUCAACUCCAAUAAUGUGUCUAAGGCGGAUUCUCAGUCUCCACUCACCCAGCUUGAUCCCAGUGAUAUGAAAGAAGAUCUUCCAAAAGCUGACCCAGCAGUGUUCAAUAGGAUCGUAACAAAUCUUCGAGAGGCGCUAAAUAUGGAUCUCCUCGGUAUUGAUGUUGUGAUUGAUAGCAGCACUGGGAAGUAUGGCAUUAUUGAUGUUAAUGCAUUUCCUAGUUAUGACUCGGUGCCCAACCUAAUGGAUCACCUUGUGGACCUGCUGAUUAUGCGCAUGGACCGGUCAGCUCUUGCCAACUCCACAAGUAUAUUGGAAAGUAAAAACACUUCAAUAGAGAUCAUUUCACCGGAUCAUCCCCAAGAAGACUCUGGUGUAGACACAGGCUAGUGAGUUAUAUCACAGCUAUGUUGCUGCACUUGCUUGUAUACAUUUUAAACUGCAAUGCAUUCCAGGUCUUGUAAUGUUGUUCUAAAUAAUUUCACUGUAAACUACAGUAUGAUUAAAUAUCAGAUUUGUAAGAUUUAAAACUGUAUUAUUUAUAUAAAUUGCUCAAUCUACUUUUAAGAAUCAUUUUGGUAAGACUUUGUAGAGGAUAGUUUCUUUCUGAUUUUGUUUUAAUCCUGAAGAAACUCCUCCAUAGUUUUAGAAUUAAAGUUUUAAUUGUAAGAUGACGCUUGACAACGAAUUUGCUUAAGUUAAGGAAUGGUUGUACUGUAGCUGUACAUUGCAAUAGUUACAUCACUACUGGAAUAGUAUAUCAGUGCUUCCAGGGUAGAGUUUGUUCAUUAAUCAGAGAGUUGAUGGGUGUGAUCAUAGUAUUCAAGAGUUUCAUGCACUUGUGCUUACAGUUAGCAUUUUCUUCAGUUAGUUUAGCAUACUGUGCCCAACAUUUUAUUGUUGUGUCCAACAUACAACAUUUUAUUACUAUUUCUAUUAGCUGUAAUUUAAAUAUUGAAGUUUUCUAUGGAAUACUUAAACUUUAUAAGCAGUAUUUAGAACUAGAUAACUGUUUUCAUGUGGUCAUUGAUUUGACGAGAGAGAGGCUUACAGCCGAGAUUUAAAGUUUAGACUUCGGUUAUAGUGUAUAUAAUAAUGAUUCUUGGUUGUUGUAUUAUGUUCAUGUUGGUGCUGGAUGUUUGUUUCAUUUUUACAUUGUUUGAUGUUGAUGAUGAUAACUAAUUAUUCAAAUGUUUGUAUACGUAUUAUUGAUGAAGGAUAUUGGAUAUCGGAGGGCUGAUGCAGCUAAUCUGCUGGUAGUCGACUGUUUGUGUUUAGUGUUCACUUUACGUGUGGCAAGUGAGCAGUUGCUGGUAGAAUGUGGACCAAAGCAUGUUAAUGAUGUCGUUUAUUUUUUGUACCAGUUAUGUAAUGCAACACCUUUCCCCCCCCCCAUCCCCCCACUUUUGAUAUUUUGCUGUAGGUGAUGUGAUUACUGUAUACUGAGUUUACCCGUGGUUAUAUAAGGCUAGUUCUGAAGGAACCAUUCUCUUAUGUUCUGUCUUACAUAGCUUUUGAAGAGCAAAUAUUUGUUGUAUUAUUAUUAUUUCAUGCUCUUCUCUAUAUAAUUUACUUAUCUAUGCAUCAUUAUAUUUUGAGUGGUUUGUAAAUAACAAGUUGGAGUAUUUUAAAUGUCAGAAUAAUUAUGCCAACUAUGUAAUAGUAACAGGCAAGUAUAAUGGAAGUGCAGUGUGCAGCUGGUGACCAAAAUCCAAGGGUACGUAUAUUAAAGCCGUAAUCGCAACACUCACGGCACAAGUGUGUGCUGCUAAAAAAAAAUUUUUAAUUAAGCAGAAUUGUUUUUAUUGCAGUAUUAUGAGUAUUUUGUAAGCAUAGUUAUAGUUCUUUUGAGAGGAACGGGUGAAUUUUGUUCUUUUAAUGUGAAUUUCUAGUCUUGCAUAUAACCAGGUCUUGAAUUACUGAGGUCAUUUGUCCUCAGUGAUGUUAUGGUAUUGUAUUUUAUUUGUUGGGAUAUAGUUCUGACUUCCCUCAACAUUCAGAAGUUAGAAGUAACAGUUACUUUGGGAGUUAAAAGUGUAAAGUCACUUUAUAUAUGGUCUUCUUGCUGUUUAUAGCUUCCUAAAAUGUUUACAUCUGUCACUGUACUGUGGCAGUGGUAGUGUGUGCAUCAUGUGCUAACAACAGUUGUGGCAGUGGUAGUGUGUGCAUCAUGUGCUAACAACAGUUGUGGUAGUGUGUGCAUCAUGUGCUAACAACAGUUGUGGCAGUGGCAGUGUUUGCAUCAUGUGCUAACAACAGUUGUGGCAGUGGCAGUGUGUGCAUCAUGUGCUAACAACAGUUGUGGCAGUGUGUGCAUCAUGUGCUAACAACAGUUGUGGCAGUGUGUGCAUCAUGUGCUAACAACAGUUGUAAUAGCUGCUUAUUGAAAUACAAAAGUAAUUUUAAAUGUAAGAGAAUUUUCAGGUUCAAGAUUUAAAAAAAAUUAUCAGCAUUUCCUUAAAUCAUUGGCUUCACAAGAUAGGAAAAACACUUCCUUUGAAACUUAGGCUGUAGUUUUUUUGUUGUUUAACCACAUUAGACUGUGAAGCAAAUUGUGCUCUAUUUCUAAUCCUCAAAUGAUCAAUUAAUUUGAGUCCCAGAUAUAUCAAUACAGCAGUUAUAUUGAAUUGAACAAC